AUGUACGUGAGCUACCUCCUGGACAAGGACGUGAGCAUGUACCCCAGCUCCGUGCGCCACUCCGGCGGCCUCAACCUGGCCCCGCAGAACUUCGUCAGCCCCCCGCAGUACACGGACUACGGCAGCUAUCAUGUGGCGGCUGCGGCAGCGGCAGCCGCGAACUUGGACAAUGCUCAGUCCCCGGGGCCGUCCUGGCCCGCAGCUUACGGCGCCCCACUCCGGGAGGACUGGAACGGUUACGCGCCGGGUGGCUCCACGGUCGCCGCCAACGCCGUGGCGCACGGGCUCAACGGGGGCUCCCCGGCAGCCGCCAUGGGCUACAGCAGCCCCGCCGACUACCACCCUCACCACCACCCGCACCAUCACCCGCACCACCCGCCCGCUGCGCCUUCCUGCGCCUCAGGAUUGCUGCAGACUCUCAACCCCGGCCCUCCCGGGCCCGCCGCCACGGCUGCCGCGGAGCAGCUGUCCCCCGCCGGCCAGCGGCGGAACCUGUGCGAGUGGAUGCGGAAGCCGGCGCAGCAGUCCCUUGGAAGCCAAGUGAAAACCAGGACGAAAGACAAAUACCGGGUGGUGUACACGGACCACCAGCGGCUGGAGCUGGAGAAGGAGUUUCACUACAGUCGCUACAUCACCAUCCGGAGGAAAGCCGAGCUGGCCGCCACCCUGGGGCUCUCCGAGAGGCAGGUUAAAAUUUGGUUUCAGAACCGCAGAGCGAAGGAAAGGAAAAUCAACAAGAAGAAACUGCAGCAGCAGCAGCAGCAGCAGCAGCCUCCGCCGCCUGCAGCGCAGCCUCCCCAGCCACAGCCAGGUCCUCUGAGAAGUGUCCCGGAGCCCCUGAGUCCUGUGUCUACCCUGCAAGGUUCCGUGCCAGGCCCUGUCCCCGGGGUUCUGGGGCCCACCGGAGGGGUGUUGAACUCUGCUGUCACCCAGUGACCCACAGUGGCCUGCAGCAGCAGCAGGGCAAUUCCAGACUGAGC